GGUACCUGUUGCCGAAGGAGGACGUGUGGCCGCUUGUGCCCAACGCUUCAGAACUCUCAAAAUCCUCCAUGUUUUAUAAAGCCAUCGUGAAGGGGAAGAGGCCCCUUCAGGCGGCGUCUCAUGCUAUCACGAACAGCUCUUCUGCUCUUUUCUCACGCGUCUUUGUCAAGCGUAGAAUCAGUCUAUCAAGCACUGUGCGUUCUCUCAAGCGGGGUUCAACUAGAAGCGGUAUUCCUCCGGAGACUACACCACCGCCACCACCGUUGUCAAGCUCGCAUGGCGUUCCGCUCUACAGACGUCUUAUGCUGGCAUGGACGAAGACUCCCACAAAAUGGUACCCGCUUCCCUUGGCCGUCGGGGCCAUUCUCCUCGUCGUCAUCCAAUACCGCAAGAAAGUAGCACGCUCAGAGAACGAGGUUCAUGUCGAUGAUGAAGGUCGUGAAGUCAUUAAGCUCAAAGGUCCAUGGCAUGUUCACGUAAUAGGCGCCCUUCCUCUUCGAAACAUGUCGCGCGUCUGGGGCUACAUGAACUCACUCGAACUUCCUGUUUGGAUACGGCCCUAUGGCUUCCGGCUCUAUGCAUACGUUUUUGGCUGCAACCUUGAGGAAAUCGACCCUGACGAUCUAACGCAAUACACGAGCCUGGGUCAAUUUUUCUACAGAAAGCUCAAACCUGGUGCUAGGCCCAUAGACAACGCUAUCCUCGUCAGCCCCGCCGACGGCACCGUUUUACAUCUCGGAACUAUUGAGAAUCUUCGAGUGGAGCAAGUCAAGGGGAUCACCUACUCAUUGGAUGCCCUCCUCGGUGUGGAUCGUUCAGAUCCAGAGAGCCCGACUUCGACGGUAAUCGAAUUCCCAGACCGAGAAAUGUCUCAUGUGACGGACCAAGAAUUUGCUAACGUGAACGGUAUCGAGUAUAGCUUAGACCAACUCCUGGGUGCAUCCACACCUUCCACUCCGGGUACCAUAACACCUCCAAUUACAAGAACUCAGUCCGCCUCCGAGGUAGAAACAUCUUCCGUGCCGAAGAAAUUCGGCGAGCAGGUUGACGCGUCUGUGGAGCAUCCAGGAUCCCUCCAAGAAACUAUCGCGCAUGAUGCCUCCGUUGCUCGCGAGAUGGGCGUCAGACCGUCGCUCGAGCGGAAGAGAAGUACUUCGGGCACAAGCGUUAAAGAAGGCAAUGCACUUUACUUCACCGUCAUCUACCUCGCUCCGGGUGAUUAUCACCGAUUCCACAGCCCCACCGCAUGGGUAGUGGAGAAACGGCGCCAUUUCGUUGGCGAACUCUUCUCUGUUUCCCCAUGGAUGGCAAAGCGAUUGCAAAACCUCUUCGUCCUGAAUGAAAGAGUCGCCCUUCUCGGUCGAUGGAAAUUUGGGUUCUUUGGUAUGAUCCCCGUUGGCGCCACUAAUGUAGGCAGCAUCAAGAUCAACUUUGAUACCGCUCUUCGCACCAACGUCCGAGGCAGACCCCCUCCUCCCGGGACUUAUAACGAGGCCGUCUACUCAGCAGCGUCUCCUAUCCUCAACGGUCAACCGUUGACCGCAGGUGAAGAGAUGGGCGGAUUUUGCUUGGGAAGCACCAUCGUAUUGGUUUUCGAAGCCCCAAAGACGUUCGAGUUCACCCUCAAAGCUGGGCAGAAAGUCAAGGUUGGAAACCGCCUCGGUGGCACGCCCAAUGAUUCUGCGGCGGUUCGCAAAGUGAAGACCGACUAGAUAUGCCCGAAUUCCGGUCGCUUGCCGCAGACGAUCUACAUUGACGCAUCUCAUGACAAAUUAAUGAUGAACGUUCAUGAUACCCUCGCAUAAACCAUUCGCCCACCGAAA